CUUUGUCUUUUUUCUGGGCCUGCCCACUCCGGCACCUUCGCCGUCGCUCUUGUCACCGCCUCGUCGACAUCGCAGGAAAGGGGAGGAGAGGACCUUUUCCUCUCUCUCUCUCUCUCUCCCUCCUUUCCCCCCUUCCCCCUUCCCCUUGCCUCUCCUUCCUUUCUGCAUUGCCUUUGCUUUGGCUCUGCACCUUGCGUUGCAAUCCCACCUCAGACGAUGGCGACGUUUGAGGAUGUCUCGCAGUGGGGCGAGGAGGAUGUCAAGAAGUGGCUCCAGUCGCUCCGGCUCGGCGACCAUGUCCAAACGUUUAGCCGCAACGACAUCUCCGGCGCGGUCCUCUUUGACGUCGACCUGAGCUUGCUCAAGGAGAUGGGCAUCCCCAGCGUGGGCGCACGCACGCGGCUGCUGUCGGCCAUCAAGAACCUCAAGCGGCAGUGCACGGAGCGGGCCCAACAGGCGCAGCUCAUGCAGCAGCAGCAGCAGCAGCAGCAGCAGGCGGAGGGCGGCGACAUGGAGGUGCUGAAUCCCAACUACCAGGGCGGCCUGCCCAACGGUGGUGGUGUCGCUUCGCCCGCCUUUGCGCAGGAGCAGUCAGCAGCGGCUGCGCUGGCGUCAAGGAGAGCAGCCCACGCGAGGCCUCCACCGCUUCAUCUCGCACAGUCCUCGUCGACCGACAUGCCCAUGACGCCCAGCCAAGCCUCGCCGCUCCACAACAGCCAGGGUCUGGGGCUCAGAGAGGCUCGCGGACUGACGGGCACCGGCCAGGGCAGGAUUGGCCGGAGCCCAGCAUCAAUGACCAAGCCUUUGCCGGGCGACGAGCUGGGCCAUCGAAAGGUCAGCUCGAUUGGCACGCCUGCCACCAAGAUCGGCGCUGCCCUCAACCAGAGGAGCGUCACCUACGGCUCCAGACCAAGCACGGCCAGCGGAGGGUACGGCUACCAACCGGGCAGCAAUGGCGCUGGGGCCGCAAGUGCAGGCGCAGGUGCAGGCGCAGGCGGACCCAGUCGAUAUGCUGGUGUGAGCUCGUCAAGCCCAACUGGCCCGACGUUUUCGUCGUACAACCAGCCUCAGAGACCCUCGACCUCGGACGGAGCAGGACGGUCGAUAGGCCCUGUGCACAAUGGCAGCAAUCCUCUCACCCCUAUCGUCGAGACCGGCUCUGCGAACAGCACCUCGACGAGGUCGCCCAUCACGCCUUCAUUCAAUCGCGAGACGGGUGGCUAUGCAGUCGGGCGAGGGCCCUUUGCACCCUCGUCGACGAGGCCCAUCACCCCAAGCUACUCCAACGGACCGCCAACCCCCAGCUCGGCGAGCUCUGAUGCGACCAUGAUCAGCUCGGCGGGCAGGGGCGCAGCGCAUCCUUCGCUCGAGGACCUCAAGCGACGGACGAUCAAGUUCAUCGGCGAAGACGGCACUACGCGCAUCGUCACCGUUUCAGAUUGCAGAGACGCCCACGAGGUGCUCUCCAAGGUCUUGAAGAAGUUUGGCAAGCCCUCGACGGGCAACAGCUACCAUGCAACGCCGACAGCGGGCCAGAUGGAGUCAGACGAAGAACAAAGUGGCGAAGAAGGUGCGAGCGAGCUGUGGGGCAUCUUUGCCACAAGCGGAGAUGGGCAGACAAAGUAUCUCAACGACAACGAGCUGCUUGCCAUCUGCCACGCUCCACAGCCCCACGACCCGCUACGGGAACGAGGACUGACUCUAAGGAGACUCGCACAACCCGAGGAUCCGGGGAGGAGGCCGAUGGUCAAGCGAAACAAGCUGCAGUACUUCUUUGGAGAUGUGCCACCGGCGUCAGGAGCCCCCAACGGCGGCGGGCCAGCCAGCCCAGGAUACGAGGGUACAAGUCGGGGCGAGGGCCUCGAUGCGGGCCAUGUCACCACGGGAGGCAAGAAGAUGAACCGAGCGAGCACCAUCAGUAUCAUGACGGGUUUGGGCGUCAACGUGGCAAAGGGCGGCCUCAGUGCAGCCAAGAAUGCUGCCGCUGCGUCCCGAAGCAAUAAUGGGAAUGCACGAACCAGCGACCAUAGCAACUGGACCAACCUGAACAGCAGCUUGACGGCUGCCAACUUCAGCGAUCGAGCGGCAAGCCACGACAAGCUGACGACUCCGACACCGUCGUCGACGUCGGAACCAUCACGGGCCGCGUCCGUCAUUCCCAAGAAGGCGCGAAACUUCUUUGGUCAGCGCCCUCCUUCAGAACUCAUUAGCUCGCACCUGGCAGACUAUUUCCCAGCCACGGAGAAGCGCGUCCUUGAGCGCACCGCCCGAAGAUCCAUCUACGGACGACCCUCGACGAGCAUUCGGUCCAAGCGAGACUCGACCUGGAGCUUUGCCGCCGAUCCCGAUGCGCCGCCGCUGCCCGGAAAAGAGAGCAUCGAUGUACCUCGGCCCUCGGUGGAUGCUCCUUCGAUCCGCAUUGGCAUGGACGAUCAUUCCUCAGAUCCUCAGCGCGUCGAGACAGCUGCGCCGACGCUGCCUCCCGUCGUUGGUCGAUCCUCUCUCGACGAGUGGGCCUUGGACCUGGCGACUGUUGGCACACCCCACCACUCCAACGAGUCUGCGCCGGCCCCCGUUGCCAAGCCACCACGUCCGGUGUCCCACCGAAGAGCUUCGGGCGAAAGCUCACGAAGCCGCAAGAGCCUUGCCUCGCAGCUGCGCAUGGCUCGCGGCAUCGGCGGCGAUGACUACCUCGGCGGGCCCACCGCAGGCAGCAGCAGCCUGCGUGGACUUGGUGCGGAUCGGAGUGACUCGGCGAGCCUCUUGACCGUUGAUGAGAUCACGCAGGAGGUGGAGCAGAGGCGGGCGAGCAUGAGCCUGGCGAGCAGCAGCGGCGCUGGCGGCAGUGGCGGCUGGGUCGUCGACGAGGACGGUGUCCCAAUUCCACUGCCAGCCACCUCGAAAGGAGCCACCUCGUCCAUCGCUGGAAGUACGAGGCCAAGCAGCGGCCUCAGCGUCGAGCUGAGCGGGAGCGAAGACGACGAUGACGGAGGAGGUGUUGACGAUGAUGAGAAUAGCGAUGUCGAUCCGACGAUCCAAAAUAUGGCUGUCACCGAGCGGCCCAUGGAGAGGGAACCUACAGAGUCUGUGCCAGGCGAAGAGACGGAUCGACACUUGGGCGACCCCAUGGCCAGGAGUUCGACGAGCCGGGCGAGCAGUAUCAGCGAGGUGAGGCGAAGCGGCAGCGAAGAGGAGAGCAACGACGGCAUGGACACCGAUGACGAUUACGACGACGACGACGAUGACGACUUGAGCAACGAAGACGAUGGCGACGACGAUGGUGGUGUCUACCAGUCGAGAGCGCCUGGAAAGGAGCCAAUCAAGUGGAUCAAGGGCGCCCUCAUCGGAGCCGGCUCGUUUGGCAACGUGUUCUUGGGCAUGAAUGCCAAGAAUGGUCUCUUGAUGGCUGUCAAGCAGGUUGAGCUACCCUCGGGCGACUCGCACAACGACCAGCGCAAGAAGAGCAUGCUCGAGGCCCUCGAGCGCGAGAUUGAGCUCCUCAAGACAAUGCAGCACGAGAACAUCGUGCAAUACCUCGAUUCGUAUGCCGACGGAACCCACCUCAACAUUUUCCUCGAGUACGUUCCGGGAGGCUCAGUCGUUGCACUGCUGAGAAAUUAUGGAGCGUUCGAGGAGCCACUGGUACGCAACUUUGUCAAGCAGAUCCUGCAUGGCUUGGCCUUCCUGCACGAGCGAGAGAUUGUGCAUCGCGAUAUCAAGGGGGCCAACAUCCUCGUCGACAACAAGAGCUGCAUCAAGAUCUCUGACUUUGGCAUCUCGAAAAAGGUUGAGAGCGAUCUCCUCGUCAGCGUUCGUGCCCAUCGUCCCUCGCUCCAGGGCAGCGUCUUCUGGAUGGCGCCAGAGGUUGUCAAGCAGACAUCGUACACACGCAAAGCCGACAUUUGGAGCUUGGGUUGCCUCGUUGUCGAAAUGAUCAGCGGUACGCACCCAUGGGCCAACCUCAACCAGAUGCAGGCUCUCUUCAAGAUUGGGUCGUUGGCCAAGCCUUCACUGCCGGAAGAGAUCUCGGCCGAGGCUGUCGACUUCCUCAACAAGACGUUCGAGCUGGACCACAACAAGCGUCCGUCUGCAGAGGAACUGCUCCAGCAUCCAUUUAUCACGGAAGAGUUUGUCCGCUCCAGCUCUGUCGAUGGCUCUUCUUCGUCUUUCUCGGGCGGGAUAGGCUCGGCGGACGAGCCAGGAACAGCGGCAUCGCAAGUCAGCGUGGCGACACCGGCGUCGAGCGUGGCAACCUCCUCUACAGCUCCGCCCUCCACGUCUAAGAACAAGGGAAAGGGCGGAGCCGCUGCCAGAAGGGCGAGGGCGGCAAACAACAGCGUUGCCAAUGCCGCAGCGGCAGACAUGACGACGGAGUCAAGCGUGCCGGGCACUAACAGUACAGCCGAUUCGAGUGCCGCAAAGGCGGCUGUCUCCUGAGUUUGUUCUCAUCCCAUCUUUCCCUUUUUCCUCUUUCUCUCGAGCGUGUCUGCGCGUUUGUCGUGUUCAUUUUCUCUCCUCAUACCCUCAUAGUUUCUCAUCAGUCAUCUCAAGUUCCUUUAUGUUUAACAUCUUUCUCAUACAACGGAUACAAUCAAUGCCAAAAAGUCCGGC